CCUUUUCAGACUAAACCACAAAACCAGGAAGAAGGUCCACUUCCUGAGCUGAUGUGUUACUGUAGGAGUUGUAUGUUAACUGUUUAAAUUGUUUGUAGCUUUGUUUUUUAGCAGAAGUGUAAAAUCCACAAUGAACACGGUUCUGUCGAGAGCGAACUCCCUGUUCGCCUUCUCCCUCAGCGUAAUGGCGGCGCUCACAUUCGGCUGCUUCAUCACCACCGCCUUCAAAGACAGAAGCGUCCCGGUCAACAUUCACGUUUCUAAAGUCAUGCUAAAAAACGUGGAUGACUUCACAGGUCCAAGAGAGAGGAGCGAUUUGGGUUUUGUGACGUUUGACCUUUCUGCUGAUCUUCAGCCAAUAUUUGACUGGAAUGUGAAGCAGCUCUUUCUUUACCUGUCUGCUGAGUAUUCAACCAAAAGCAAUGUCCUGAACCAGGUGGUUCUAUGGGAUAAGAUUGUUAUGAGGGGAGACAAUACCAAACUAAACCUGAGGGACAUGAAGUCGAAAUACUACUUUUUUGACGAUGGAAAUGGCCUGAGGUCCAACAAGAACAUCACUCUCACCUUGUCCUGGAAUGUGGUGCCAAACGCUGGAAUCUUGCCACUGGUCAUGGGCUCCGGACACGUCUCCCUGCCUUUCCCCGACACAUAUGAAACCGCCAAAAGCUACUGAACCGUCCCAAAACAUUCAGAAAAAUGUUGUGCACUGUGGUGGGUUUUAAUAAAAACAAACAAAAAUGGC